CCAAGAGGGAGAUCAGCCAGAGAGAGAGCACCAAGAGGGAGAUCAGCUAGAGAGAGAGCACCAAGAGGGAGAUCAGCUAGAGAGAGAGCACCAAGAGGGAGAUCAGCCAGAUGGAGAGCACCAAGAGGGAGAUCAGCCAGAUGGAGAGCACCAAGAGGGAGAUCAGCCAGAUGGAGAGCAAGCAACAGAAGAAAGCUUAAAGGAAGAACUGUUAGAGUUAAACCAGUCAAGUAGAGAACAACUACAAAGAAGGCAGCCGAAGAGAGAGAUGUUAGAGGGAGAGCAGUCAGUAUGUGGCCAGCCAGAGUCUCAGACAGCUGGGGGAAUUGUAGAGCACGGUCCUGGACCAAUGGUGACUGAGGUAGAGGAGACAGAGGACCUGGAGACCAUCCACCUGGGGCCACACCCACCACUUCGUAUUGACGAUCUCCCUGACCUGGAGGAUGUGGAUGUUGAAGAUCUAGACAGCCCCUGCAUCUUCACCUCUCAGCGAGUAUUCCGGCCAAUGAUAGAGGUCGUUUCAGGAGACAACAACGAUGUAGAUCCAAUCAUACAUCAGAGUGGGACAGUGUGGACCACAGAGACCACACCUACCUCAGGUCCAUGCUCAUCUUCACUGUUCAGGGUCUGUGACAAAACGUCAAACAAAUCGCCCACCAAUCACCUAGUAGCAUUGGACCCAGAGGCGGGGGAUGCCCCAGAGCUGGUGAUAUCAGAACCUCCUCAGGGAGAACCCAGACAGAGCCCUGAAGCCAGCAAACCAGGUUGUCUCAUUGAGGAGCUGGACUAACCCUGCAGAAGGCUGUGAUAGCAUUAACAACCAUAGGUUUAGGUGUUCAAUCUGGGAAAGACAGGUACAAUGUAAGCACAGAGAGCUGCUAUGGAGCUAUUUCGCAGCCACGGGUUUACACCCAACACAUUUUCCGCUCAAAACAAUGUUGUUUUUUUUGUUCGUUUUUCGUAGCUGUUUUGUUACUGGUUAUACUUUAUAUUCUGUAUUCUCAGGCUCAGUGUUCUGAAUUAAGUGUUCAUGAACUGCAUUCAAGUCCAUUCCAAGAUAAUCCCGGUCAGAUUAUUGCCAGGGCUCAUAAAAUAAAACGUUAUAAUACAGUAUGGGGAAUUUGUCUCAGUGCUUGUUGUUACACAAAUACUUAAAAUAUACCACUAGGUGGCACUUAAGUACCAAAUAUGCACCUCAGAUGUGCAAUACUCUGGCUCAUUAUUACAGAAAAUAAAACAUAAAAAACAAGUUUAGAAAAUAGAGUAAUGAUGAUGAUGAUCAUGCAUAAAUGUGAACCUAAAGAGCAGUUAUUUUGUCAAAGUCUUUGCGUGUUUUAGCAGUAGUCUUAUUACAGACCUGCUAAUGCAAAAACACGUGGAAUCUCUUCUGUAUCAUUUAAUCUACCCUGGACUGAGGGUGUGAUUUCAGGACUCCCUGAAAGAUAACAUGGCCCGGUGCCCAGGUCAAAUACUGGUCACAGGGAGACUAGAGAAUAGAUUUUAGUAGAUUGGGUCUUUAAAUAAAGGUACCAAAAAGAGGAUUAACAAAAAAUAUAUCCACCUGUCUACUCAUCUGUCUUGUCAUAGCCACACACAUGCACAAAUGGUAUUGUCUACUGUUCUCUAAAUCUUUGUUUCUGUUCAUGACCAUGUUCACAUUGUAAUUCACCAUCUCUUCAUGUUUUCUCCUCCCUCUUCCCCUCCUCCCUCCCCUACUCUGACACAUGGCUAGGAUGUGCAGUGUAUCCUGGGCUGUCAGGGUGCAUCGAGGGAUGCAGGGCAGGAACAAAGACAGAUUAGAUUGAUCUGCUCAUGACCUUCUGUUAUGAAAGGAUUUAAGAGCAAAGAUUACAAACACACACACACACAUACAGGAUACACACACAUUGCACGUUACAUGCUACACCAUACAUAUCCUUGUUAAUAUAUUUUAUUACAAAUCUAACUGUCUGGAUUAAUCAGCUGUGUGUCUGAUUUCACAUUUUACAAUUGAAUGAAACAAAGCAUGCACCCCUUAAAGCAACUGCUCUGAGCAAUCUCACAUGAAACUAUGAAAACAAACAUGUAUCUAAGUGAAGUGCAGCUUCUGAUAUCAUUUUUACAUUAUGAUGAAUCAUUACAUAUUAAGUCCACAGGCACACUGUGUGUGGUGGCUAUUCCAUGCCCAGUGCCCACACAGGCAAUGCACGAAUCAAUGAUUGGGGAAUAUAGGGAUUUAGUCAGGUGGUGGCUGAGUAAAAUACAUUUUACAGGUGAACUCUUUUAUAGCUCAUAUAAAAACACGAAAGUGUAUACAGGUGUAGGGCGGGCCCGCCCCCAAAGUGACUUAUCAACUGUGCAAGGAUUCCUCUGUGUUGUCUUAGGAAUUUAGUAUUCUCUGUUGAUCUCACCAACCCCCGUUGUCACACCUCUGGGUAGCAGAGGUUCCGUAGGUCUGAUAUCUGAUAUCUAAUUUUACAGUAAUACUAUUGGUCAACAACUCAGAUUCUGAAUCCAAACAACUCAGACGUUAUAAAAGGUCUUAGAUUCUUUUUUUCAAUUUUUUGUUCCUGAACUGCUGUGGUGAGAUACUCUGUCUUUCUUUCUUACUUUCUCCCAUGAGCUAUGUGCCAUGGCUCAAGCUAUGGUGUCUUUGUCUCUCUCUCUGACCAUGCCUAGAAUAAUGCUUGUUAAUGCUUUAGCUUAAGCUUUAUGUCUUGUAUGUGAAUCCAUUCAUUUUAUAAAGUUAUUCAGUAAUACUUGCUUUGA